AUGUCACAACUACGAGUGUAUGAUCCUAACGAACGUGCGUUUCUCAGGGACAUCGAAAACAUAAUUACUAAAGCCAGUAUGGUCAUCACUCAAUACAUUUACAUGGGCAUGUGUCUGAUCUACAUGACGUACACAGUUGCGGCGGCCCCUGUGCAAUCCGGCCGUCACAUGGCCUUUGUAAAGCUACUUAACAACUUGAAAGAGCGUUUGGAGAGGGGGUCUGGUAACAGGAACAUUGAUGACAUGAUACAACAGUAUACAUUGAGUGACAAAUGGACUAAUGACAACAGAAACUGGUUUGAUAAGAUACACCAGGCGAUUAUUAAAUUUGGUGAUUUGAACUAUGGGCUUCAGGGCAAUCAAGUCAACGAGGUUGUAUCAAAGCGACAAUGGGACGACUACGGCCUGUCCGGAGCUCGAUUUGGGAAACGAGAUGAUAUGUACGGGUUCGCAGGGGGCAGAUUUGGACGGGACACCGAUCACGUGGACCCUGAACGCGAGGAAUAAAUCAGUAGUCUCGCAGUUGGAAAAUUGCCGACAAUCAACCACAUAUAUUUCCUCCAUCUUCAAUGAUGACGCAAUCUCCUUAACGACUACUUAAUUUUGCGACAAUAAAUUACAAAAUUGCGAAAUUAGACGUUUG